AUAUGCCUCUCACCGCGGCCAGCAAGCGGCGGGCCAUCAAGGUGGCGCUCCUGGGUUUGGUUGGCCUCACAAUCGCCACGUACGCGCUCUCCGUCGAAACGCAGAUGCACGAGCCCGGCUACGAGGCUGCGUGCGACAUCGGCGCGGGCUUCUCCUGCACGGCAGUCUUCUCGAGCGAGUACGCGCACCCGCUCUCUCACUGGGGUCUGGUGAAGCAGGGCGACGCCCUCGAUAUCGGCCUAGCAGUCGCCGGCAUGGCGCUCUACUCCGCUUACUUUGUCGCCGCGUGCCUGUGGAGGUUGAACCUCGUCCCGUACCGGCAGCCGCUCUUCCUGGCGGUCGCGACCGCCGGCGCGUGCUUCUCCUGCUACCUGCUGUACGUCCUCAAGUUCAUCCUUGGCGAUUUUUGCAUCGUGUGCACCGGCUUCCACUGCGUCAACUUUUCGAUGUUUGCAGUCGCGCUGUUUGAGUUCUUCGAUAGCGGCACCAGCGGGAAGGGCGGCAAGCGUGCCUGAGGACAGUGCUGCGCCCGGGGAGGGCGCCGGUGGUGGGGCUCGACGCUCCACCGAGCUAUUGCUCUGUGACGGCCUGUGUGUGGGCUUUCGCUUGCUUCUCCACAGGGGGAUGUACUGCAGAGUGGAUCUUGUUGCGUGUGGUGCUCUAACC